AAUCGAGGCAGGGGACGCAGCCACGAUCUUGGCGGCCUUCGCCUCACCCAGCUGGAACCAGAAUGUUGAGACCAACCUCGUUUGCUAGCACGUUUCCCCCGUGCGUGAAGAUUUCUAAGCCCUCAGCUUCGUGACGUGGGAGGGGAAACCGAGGCACGCCACAGCGGCAUUCGCUGCGUGGGAAUCUGCUGCCUGUCUAGCUCAGAAUCUGUUCCCGUUAGACCUCAGGUAGAGGUUCCUCUGACUCACGCCGGUCCAGUGAGAAAUAUCCUUACUUAAAUCCUGCUCUCGCCACCCUCUGCCCCCCCCCAACCCCCAGUGGCAACUGCUUAUUUCCUUAAAUCUUAUCUUUUAUGCUGACUUUCAUAUUCUCACUACAGCAGUAUUCCUUUCACACACAUAUACACACACCUUUCAGCAUUCACUCUUGGCUCCUCCUUUGCUUUUAAGGGCCAGUAGGCUAUUGUGGUUGGCAUUUGGGGUCAGCUGCAAGCAAAUAACUCAGAUGCCUGGUUCAUACUUGGAAAUUUCUAAAAAGCACUUUAGAACUUCCUAAAAAGAGUUGGUUUCAAGUUGGUUUCUGUUUUGGACUUAGCUGUUCCAUACUUGUGACCUUGGCCUAAUCACUUAGCCUCGCUAAGCCAGUCUUUGUUGUAUUAAAAAAGAAGCUUCAUGAGAUCAACCCUUAAGGCUCUACUUCUUAGCUCCAAAAUUCUUCAUCCUCUCAAACCAGGAUAAAACUCUUGUAGAAUGUGGUAACUCGUUUUGGCAUGAAUAAUUGUUUUUUACAUUUGCUAAACUAUGUAUUCCAUUGUGCAUUUGUGUGCCUAUUGUUGAGGUGCUUUUUGGAGUUAACAAAUGCAGUAUGUGAUAUUUUUCUUUUUCCUCCCCCCACCCCCACUGAACUUUCCCAUUUUAUUUUCUUUAGGCUGACUUUCAACCUAAGAUCCUGGAUAUUCUCCUACCUAAGAUUUUGAGUUUACAGUACAAACAGUGAAAAUGGCACAGUCUGCAUUAACAUCCCAUAACUGGAAGGCAUGACACUUAAAGAACACACAUGGACUUGGGGCACAUGGAAGCGUGUACACAGAAAAAGGAAAUCUAUAAUUCCUUAAAAGUGGAAAGGCAUUCUUUACCAAAAUGGGUACAUUCUGCUCAGUUGUCAAGUUUGAAAAUCUCCAAGAAUUAAAAAGACUCUGUCACUGGGGUCCCAUCAUAGCCCUCAGUGUUAUAGCAAUAUGUUCUACAAUGGCCAUGAUUGAUUCUGUGUUGUGGUAUUGGCCUUUACAUACAACUGGAGGGAGUGUGAAUUUCAUCAUGUUGAUAAACUGGACUGUCAUGAUUCUUUAUAAUUACUUCAAUGCCAUGUUUGUUGGUCCUGGCUUUGUCCCUUUGGGAUGGAAACCGGAAAAUUCUCAGGAUAGCAUGUAUCUCCAGUAUUGUAAAGUCUGCCAAGCAUUCAAGGCCCCUCGAUCACAUCACUGCAGAAAGUGCAACAGAUGCGUGAUGAAGAUGGACCAUCACUGUCCUUGGAUCAACAACUGUUGUGGUUACCAAAAUCACGCUUCGUUCACACUGUUUCUCCUUUUGGCACCACUGGGUUGUAUCCAUGCUGCUUUCAUUUUUGUUAUGACUAUGUACACACAGCUUUACAAUCGGCUCUCCUUUGGGUGGAACACCGUGAAGAUUGAUAUGAGUGCAGCGAGGAGAGAUCCUCUCCCAAUUGUUCCCUUUGGAUUAGCUGCAUUUGCUGCCACCUUAUUUGCCUUGGGAUUAGCUUUAGGAACAACCAUAGCUGUUGGGAUGUUGUUUUUUAUUCAGAUGAAAAUAAUUCUCAGAAACAAAACUUCUAUUGAAUCAUGGAUUGAAGAGAAGGCUAAAGAUCGAAUUCAGUAUUACCAGCUAGAUGAAAUCUUUGUUUUCCCCUAUGAUAUGGGAAGUAAAUGGAAGAACUUUAAACAGGUAUUUACGUGGUCAGGAGUGCCUGAAGGAGAUGGAUUAGAGUGGCCGAUAAGAGAAGGAUGUCACCAGUACAGCUUAACAAUAGAACAGUUGAAACAAAAAGCAGACAAGAGAGUCAGAAGUGUUCGCUAUAAGGUAAUAGAAAAUUACAGUGGUGCCUACUGUCCUUUGAAUAGAGGAAUAAAAACUUUCUUCACAAGCCCUUGCACUGAAGAGCCUCGAAUUCAGCUGCAGAAAGGGGAAAUCAUUUUAGCCACAAGAGGAUUACGAUACUGGCUGUAUGGAGACAAAAUUCUUGAUGAUCCCUUUACAGAAGGUGUUUCAAGAAUAAGAGGCUGGUUUCCCAGAAACUGUGUGGAAAGGUGUCCCUGUGAUGCCGAAACAGAGCCGGCCCCAGAAGGCGAGAAGAAAACCAGAUAGCCACUGCUAGAGUGAAAUUCGUCACUUAAUUCGACUUUAUUACUUGAAAAUUGUACAUAUUACUGAAGAAUUAUGCAAUGAACCUACUCCAGUCAAGGUGUUCUUUUCCUUAAAGGUGCCCUAGUGCCAUGAUUUCAUAUUUUUAUUACCAUUUGGAAAUGGAGAAGCCAUUCGGUAUAUGCCAUUGAAUCCCUGCCCACAUUACCACCUUUUUCUUCCCCCCAAAAGAGAUAUUUGCCAGGCAUCAGUGGCUGACGCUUGUAAUCCUCUCAGGAGGCUGAGAUCUUAGGAUCAUGAUUGAAAGCUGGCCUAAGCAGGAAGGUCCGAGAGACUCUUAUCUCCAAUGAACCACCAAAAAGCCAGAAGUGG